AUGGAGAAAACGGUAGAAUUAAACGUAAAUCAUUUAAUGAACUUAAAGGCGGCUCGUAAUUUAUACGAGAAUUCACAACCUAUUACAGCUUGCGAUUUCGAUCAGACUGGAGAAUACUGUGUAACUGCUUCAGCUGAUGAAUCGAUUAACUUGUAUAAUUGCGUCCAAGGAAGGCAUAAGAAAUUGAUUCUUAGUAAAAAGUAUGGAGUGCAUCUAACGCGGUUCACUCAUCGACAUACAGAUAUUAUAUACGCGUCAACCAAAGAGAAUGAUACGUUGAGAUAUUUGUCACUACACGAUAAUCAGUUCAUAAGAUAUUUUGAGGGUCACCAGAAAAGGGUGGUAAGUUUGGAGAUGUCACCUGUGAGUGAUCAAUUCGCUUCGGGUGCUGUAAAUGAAGGAGUUCGGUUAUGGGAUUUACGUACGCCCACUUUUUUGGGAUUUAUUAAUAUUGAAAAUGGAAGACCUUGUAUCGCCUAUGAUCCGUCAGGUAUCGUACUAGCAAUUGGACUUCAGAGCCAUGAUAAUGUUAUAAAGUUAUUUGAUAUAAGAAAGUUUGAUCAGGCGCCGUUUACCACGUUGAAUGUGAUAGAUAAUUAUGCGUUACCUUCCUCACAUCCGCGCCCUCCGACACAACCUGAAUGGACAUCUAUUAAAUUCAGUAAUGAUGGCGACAAAAUUCUUGUCACAACUUCGGGAGAUGUUCAUUACGUAACGGAUGCAUAUAAUACCGACAUGAAAAGGCGAUUAAUUGGUCAUGUUGGAUUAAAUAAUGCAUCACAAUUAUUAGGAGGAGAAGAAACAAGUUGGACUCCUGAUGGUCGUUUUGUAGUUGGAGGAUCACAAGAUGGAGUGAUAAAUUUUUGGGAUGUAGAAGCACCUCUAAAGAAUUCAGCUGUGCUUGCGGAAGGGAUAGAUUCUCGACCAAUACAUACACUAGAGUAUCAUGUUAGGCCAACGCAAGUUGUUAGAUUUAGUCCUACAAAAUUGAUGAUGGUUAGCGGCUGUACAGAUUUGACUUUUUGGCUACCAUCAUUUGACACUUUGGAAGAAGAAAAAGGAUUUAAGUCAGAUGAACUGACACCACCCAUAUUUAGUAAUGACAGUACAAUGACAAUGGAUGUCAAUUAUGGUCAAUCCACAAUUAAAGGUAGUGAGGUUGGUUUUGAAAACGUUGUCGGCACUUUAAAAGUUCCUGAAUUUGGUGGUGGUAAUAACCAUGAUGAUAAUAAUGGAAAUGGGAACGGAUCAUUAUCGUAUGCACCAUCGCCUCCAUCAGCUGCACCGUCAACAACAACAAUCAGUGGAGAAAGUGACAAUAGUAUUGGUGAAGCUACAAGUUCUUCUGCCAUUCCUAUAACUGAAGUUCCUCAGAUUGUCAUUAAUAAAAAUGAAACUGACAAUCAACAGAAAUCAGAAGCACCAGGUCCUUUAUCUGACGGGGGAGGGACUGAUCCCAUGAAAACCGAUUGA